AUGUUUCAAGGUUAUUACGGAUAUCCACAAUACAGUACAUAUGGCCAAAAUAUGGGCUAUGGGUAUCAUAGGAAUUCUGCUCAUCACUCUCAAUGGGAUGUCAUCACUGGUAAUGUCAUGUCAUUUAAAAACGCCUCGGACGUGUUCCAUGGUGAUGAAGUAUUAGAAGUUUCAGUCGUGGAUGCUUCUCGAAUGGACGCGCCAAGUAUUACAUUAGGACGCCAACAAAUUCCAUUGCAGCCUCGUCAGCAAUUUCCUAUUCCAUUCCAGUUCUAUUAUGAUAAAUCACGUGCAGGACUCGGUCCUGGUGGUCUCUCGAUGCAAGCGCGAAUUACUAGACGAAAUGGACAGUUGUUGUAUAUCAAUGAUACGCGCACUCCAUUGACACCCAAUGUUACAAUCGAUGUUGUACGAACAUGA